AGAACAGCACAUAUCCCAAUAAACACAAAAAAAAAAUAAAAAAUAAUUGCUCAAACCAAAAUUUUCACCAACCUCAUUCCUGAAUUAAACUCUGCAACUUUCUUCAGCGCAAAUCUAGGGGUUUUUCUAUCAGACCAGUUUUCCCUUUUUUUCUUCUAAUUUUUGGCCGCUUCCAAUCCUUCUGUUUUUUUCUUCGAGCUUUUAUUCUGCAAGAAGCUUGGAUUUAUUUUUCUAUAAUUACUUCGGGAUUGAGUCAAAGAUAAACAAAAUGCCGAGGUCUUUCGUGAAUUGUGUGCGCUUGGUGGUUUUCUUUCUUGUCAUACUGUAAUUUUUAUUUGUUUUUGGUGAAUUUCAAUUGAAAUUGGAAGAGGAUACAUUUCAUUCAACUUAGCGUUUGCAGAUUGAAAAAUUUUGGUUGGAGGUGUGAGAAUGUACAUUGCGAUAACCAUAAAGAGAUAUCGAGCAUUUAAGGAGGUUGGGAAGAUUACAAUGAGCGUUGGUGUUAUUGCAUACUAUCAACUAGUUCAAGUUUGUCAGGCUGAGUAUUUCCGUCAGUUGCUUAAACCUGUUACGUAGUCUUGUAAUACAAAACUCUUGGAAACCAGGAUCUGGGAGAGUCUGCCAUUUGGUUGUGUUAUGCUUCAGGAUGUGACAGAAUGAAACAUCUGAUUGUUUUGAGGUAAAUUUGGGACAGGCGGCUCUGUCAUGUUGUGAUGGUGAUCCAGUAGUUUAGUCUAUAGUCUUACCAUAAUUAUAUUCAUAAGCCUUCUUCCAACUUAAAAGUUGAAUAAUUGCAAGUUCAAAGCCAAGAAGCAAUCUUUUGUUGUGAACUUCUUGAUUAAGUAGAAAAUUCAAUGCAGAGUGAUCAACAGUUUUACCCCCAAAAAGCAGUGCCCCCACUUGCAGAUCAAGUUUGUGAUAAUUACAUGCAUAUCCCAGUUGCAUCUGCUUUUGGUACUGCUUUUCCUCCAUGUGCUAAGCCAUUGCCACCCCUCCAUGGCAUUGAGUUUCAACCCUCAGAGGUUUGUCCCAAGAAUUUCAUUAUUUUCAAUCAGACUGAUCGUAGAAAUCAGAUCAUGUUCAAUCCUGCUGUUGCAAAUAAGUUUAAUGGUCAUGGAUUAAAUGUUUCUGCAACAUACAUGGAUGGAAAGUAUGAGAGAAAAUAUGUUAAUGGGGAAAAAGAAACCUCAUCUUCUCUGAAAGAGGAUUCAGAUGAUAUUGAUGCACUGCUCAGCUCAGAAGAGGAGGAACAAGAUUAUGAUGAGGAAGAAGUUAGCACAGCACGGACUUAUGGAAAUUAUGAAAGCGACUCUGAUUCUCAAUCUGCUUAUGGUUCAAAACCAAGAAAGAACGGCUCAUGCUCAUCUACUCUGAAGUCCUCUGGUAGUGGUGGCUGUUGUGACCCUGAAAUUAAGCGACUUAAAAUGAAGAAAAUGAUGAAGGUUUUAAGGGGAAUUGUUCCUGGUGCUGAUCAGUUGGAUAAUGUAGCUGUUCUUGAUGAAGCUGUUAGGUAUCUGAAGUCUCUCAAGGUUGAAGUAAAGAAGCAUGGAGUUGGAAAUUUUAAGUACAGGGAUUGAACUCAUAUUGUGAUAACCAUUUUCUCAUCUUCCAGAAGUUAAGUUUAUUCUGUGUUGCGUACUCAUCCUUCACCGCUCUCUCUCUGACGGUUUUCUGUCUACGGAUAAAUAAGACCGGUAUUUAGAAUUAAUAAUGUGUUGUAAUUUCCAGUUAUGCAUGUAUUACUGAUGUGCCAGUGCACGAAUUGCUGCUGAAACUUUUGAAGCUUAUUGUUCGCUUGGAAGGAGAGAGAAGUUGGGAUGGAGUUUGGCUGUGUAAUAUUACUACUAAGUAUUUAGUUGCCAUUAUCUUUUGGCACAACUUGCUGCUUUGAAUGUGAAUGUAAUGUACUUGAAAAAGAUUCACUAGUAGUUUCUCCUCUGCCUGAUUUCUGUAUUUCACAUACUCUAUGUUUAUUCCAUGUUGAAUAAAUAUUACUUGUUAAA